GAAGACAGGAAGGGACAGGCACAGGUGUAGGUAGGAGCCACGUCCAUGUGUGUAUGAGACUCCAGCAUGAAGGCAGAGCGCCUGUACAUGAAUGCACAGCUGUUCGUGUGACUGCCUGGAGGUGUGUGUACCACAGCAGCAAACGUGUGUGAAGGCAACUUUGCUUGAAUCGGGUCUGGUGGUGCUUCAAAAGGACUUGUUAAGGUCCCUUGCAAUCAUGGUGAAGUCUAGAAGACUGCAGGUGCUCCUGAUUCUGGUAGUUCUGUCCUUCCUUCUUAUCCACUUCCUACCCUGCAGCAACAAUGCCCAUACGGAAGAAAAACCUUCUCCUGUUCACAUCCUCAUUCUCUCCUCCUGGCGGUCAGGAUCCUCCUUCACUGGACAAAUCUUCAGCCAGCACCCCAGUGUCUUCUACCUGAUGGAGCCUGCAUGGCAUGUUUGGGUUAAGAUGUAUCAGAACAGUGCCAAAGUCUUACACAUGGCAGUGCGGGACUUAGUCAGGUCGGUCUUUCUGUGUGACAUGUCUGUGUUUGAUGCUUACAUGUCUAGCCAGAAGAAAAAGUCUGAUUUAUUUCAGUGGGAGACAAGCCGAGCCUUGUGUUCCCCACCUGCCUGUGACUCAUUCAGUCGCAGUGACAUAAUCACUGCAGGCAAUUGCAAAACCAUCUGUGGCAAGUAUCCAUUCAGCAAGGUGGAGGAAGCUUGUAAAACCUAUAGCCAUGUUGCCAUCAAGGAAGUUAGGUUCUUUGACCUGAAAGUUCUCUAUCCGCUUCUCACUGAUCCAUCCCUGAACCUCAAAAUCAUUCACUUGGUACGUGAUCCUCGGGCUGUGUUCAGGUCCCGAGAGAAUACAAUGGCAGACCUGAAACGCGACAGUAACAUUGUUGUGGGGUCUCAGAAGACAAAGGGAGAAAUGGGGCCCUACAACACAAUGCAGGUCAUCUGCAAAAGCCACGUUGAGAUAUACAAGGCAGGAAGUCAGGCUGCUCCAAGCUUCCUGAAAGACCGGUAUCUGCUGGUUCGCUAUGAAGACAUUGUCAGAGACCCGCUAGCAAGGGCUGCUCAGAUGUACAGGUUUGCAGAACUCCAUUUCACACCAGCGCUUCAGAAGUGGGUCCACAACAUCACCCAUGGAAAGGGUCAUGGAGCACAGGCCUUUGAUAUUGGGUCGAGAGAUGCACUGAGAGUAUCACAGGCAUGGAGAAAGACACUUCCCUUCCAGAAAAUAGAAAAAGUGCAAAAUGUAUGCAAAGAGGCAAUGGAUUUGCUGGGCUACCGGCUUGUUCAGUCUGAAGAAGAGCAGAAAAAUAUGUCUCUGGAUCUUCUGUUUGCCCAGAACUCUUCUGAGUGUCAAAUUUUGAAGGCAGAAAAGCUGGUCUCUGCACCUACUCUCUGAAGGCUGCAGAGUGCUGAACUAUUCACUAGAGCCAAAGAGGACAGAGGUGCAGGCAUAGAAGUGUAGGAGUGUGCAUGGAUGCAAGAACAAGUGCUACAAGAACCCUGACUACAUUCAGGAGAGCUAUCAGCAGCACAGGGUCACCCUCUAAGACCCCUGGAGAUACAGCCACAAUGGAGGCUAAGGUAAUGCAAGUUUGUUUUCCAAAUAAAUAAUGUUUAGGUUGGAGCAUACAGAAUGCCAAAGGAGUAGGACCAGAUAGCAGAAGCUCAAACCCCCCACAGUCCACAGCUGAAGACGAGGGAAACCACAUUGCACUGCAAAGGAAGAGGAAAUAUAACAGGAAGCUGAACAAAGAAAACAUUGCUUGACAUGCUGCCACGCAGGAUAUGUAGUGCCAGAAAAGAUGCAAGGAUAACUAGACAUUUGGUUUCAGGAAAGAUGUUGGACUUUGGUUUUGUUUUGGGUUUUUUUAUUUUGUGGGUUUUUGGGUUUUGGUUGGUUUUGGAUUUUUUGUAUUUUUAAUGGUUGCAUUUUCAAGGCCAGUUCUUCUUUUGUUCCAUUCGUGUGCCCAAGCAUCCAGCCUCAGUGGCAAAAGUGGGGAAAUGUUCAUGUUCACUUACUGUAUAAUAGAAAAAUGGAAUAAACCAGCUAUUGCUGAAAAUAAAGCUCCUGGGUUUUCAUGUGGAAA